AUGGAUAAACUGAAUGUGGUAGCAAUCUAUGAGAUCAAGAAUUCUAAGCGGAGGAGGAUCGAGGUGGGAUUGGGUCACUUAAAGAUUUUAAGGCAUUAUUUGUCAUCAUCGUCAUGGUCGAGGAAGUGCCUCGGAUCUGGCCCAUUAGGCGGAAAAUUUUGUCCGGGUUUAACUCACGGGGAAGUUGAAGAAGAAAUUCGAAGACUUGAAAAUGGUUUUAAUAAUGACAGUAUUAGAAACACUAUGUUUAAUAAUUUGGCGGAUCAAGAACCUAAAGUUGAGCAUGAGAUGGAUCACUCAGAAAGGCUAACCAUGCAAAAUGAAAGUUCAAAUGGCACUUGGAUUUGGUUAUUUGGGUUACCCUCAGUCUGUUGGAGCACUGAGUGUCUGAGAAAUGCUGGUGAAGCGCUAAGUGGUUAUAGGGAGAUGGAUGAAAAUACUAGACUGAAAUGCGAGGUCGGAUGGGAAAGAAUUUGUGUUAGUCCAACGGAAUGGAUGUCGAGUUCUAUUUCCCUUAAACAUGGUAUGGUGGUGUAUAAGGUUGCGGUGUGGCCCGAAUGGCCUCUUAUUAUGUCAACAAUGUCGACUUCCAACUUAUGCACGGACCAUGUGGAGCAAGAAGUGUCUUCCCUGAAUCCUCCUUCUAGGGAUUUUAAAGAGAACAAUAGUUUUGGCUCACCGGUACAACCAAUUAGUGUGGAUAAGUGUUUGGAUGAAGUGAACAAUUUUGAGUCAACAGGUAUAGUUGAACCUCUCGAGACGACGUUUUUUGUUGAACUGAGUAGCAUAUUGGAGAAGGACGGACGUGAUUGCAAGAACGAGCUUUGGUCACCGAGUUUGACUGUUGAGUUGAUACCCGAAACAUCAAAUCCAUCUUAUAAUCCGGAAUCUAAGUUAUGUGUGACAUCUGAAGAGUCUCCUCUAGUCAAUAUUCUGAUUAAUAUGCCUUAUGUAGCUAUGUACGAAGCUCCAAGGGAAUCUCUCACCCAUCCUAUCCUGGGGUGUGGGGCUAAUUGUGAGCCAAGUGACGCGGAAAAUGAUGUGUUAAGGCCACACAUGGAAAAUGCGGCUCAAAUAAACCCCAUCAAAUUUGUGUAUCCCAGUUAUGCAAGUGAUUCACCUAUCAAGGUGCAUGAGUUAUCGGAGGAAGAGACUGUUGAGUCAGAUGUUGAAUAUGAUGCUGAUGAGGAGUUAUGUGAGAAUUUUUCCACUCAUAACAUGAUGUUGAAUGAAAACAAAUCUCCCGAUAGAGAGAUUUUAACUAAAGAGUCUGAAGUGUGGCCCGAUAUUCGCGAAAUCUCCACAAUGACACUUAUUAAGAAGUGUCAGAUGAAAAAGAUUGGUGAUUUACCCCCUGAAAAUUUCUUUAGGGAUCAUCUGAGUCAUCCUUCUGUCAUUUGCAGAUAUUCCUCAGAGCCUACCUCUUUGUGGGCUACUAUGAUCAAGUGCAAGUAUGGGAAUGAUUGGUCUGGUUGGUUCACCAAACAUAUUAAUCGUGUUGUGGGAUGCGGUAUUUGGAGUGGCAUCUCAGUGAUAUGGAAGACUUUUCGUGAACAAUGCAGAUUUUCGGUAGGCGAUGGCUCUUCGAUUAGUUUUUGGGAGGACGUUUGGUGUAGUGCUAAAAGCCUCUACUCUUUGUUUCCAACUCUUGCCUCAAUCGCUAUUUGUAGAGAUGCUACAGUUAAGGACAUGUUUGAUAUGAGCUCUAAUGGUUUUUCUACGAGAAUCAGGUAUAUGAGAAGACUUAUUGCUGAUGAGUUAGCUUUACAUGAUAAAGUGUUGAACUUGGUGGGGCGCAAAGAGGUGAAUCCGUCUUCGCAUGAUAUUAUGCGUUGGCAAGAUAUUGAUACCUUUAAGCUUUGCAAAAUGUUUGGCUGUGGUUUUAAAUCACAGAUAAUAGACGGCCAAAGAAAGAAAUUUGUAAGGUUGGAUUCAAAUUUGUCAUUUUCAUCGGAUGCUGGGGUGAUGAAGAACUGCGGGUUUAACUUAGACGGUUUAACAGGCUCAAGUCAACAAACAAACAAUACUAUUCCAUCAUCAAAAUCAUUUAGGGUAGGAAUCUCGAGAGGAUCCGAAGGACUAAAGACAAUCGGACGUUCAUUAAAAUCGGGAGUUAACCGUGUGGUAUUCCAAGAAGAUCUAAACCUAACCGAGAAGAAAAUAUUUGAUCCUCAAGACAAGAUCAUAUUAUUUUGCAAUAGAGUUCUUGUCAUUUCAUGUAUUAUUGCAGUAUCCAUCGACCCUUUGUUUCUAUAUGUUGCGGUUUUCGAUUAUGAACAAAGUUGUCUCGGAAUUGAUUCGGAGUUGGCUCAUACAGUCACAACUUCAAGGACAUUAAUCGAUUCAUUUUAUCUCAUAAGAAUCGUACUGCAGUUUCGAACAGCUUAUAUUGCCCCGUCUUCUAGGGUUUUUGGACGGGGCGAACUUGUUAUAGAUCCUGCAAAAAUUGCGGAAAGAUAUUUGAAUCGUUAUUUCAUCUUUGAUCUUCUAUCUGUCAUGCCUUUCCCCCAGAUUGUAGUAUGGAAAUUUCUGGCUGAUGUUAAUGGUUCAAGUGUUAUGGCAACUAAACAGGCAUUAAUAUAUAUUAUCAUAUUUCAAUAUAUUCCCCGAUUUUUUCGAUUCCUUCCAUUAACAAACGAGAUGAGAAAGACAAAUGGUCACUUUGCGGAGACUGCUUGGGCCGGGGCAGCAUACUAUAUGCUGUGGUUCAUGCUUGCAAGUCACAUAUUCGGGGCAUUUUGGUACCUGUUUGCUGUAGGGAGAACAGAUAAUUGUUGGGAGGAGGCAUGUUCAGAAAAUUUGUUGUGCAUAAAAAGUUUCUUGUAUUGCGAGAAUAAUGGUUUGGAAGGUUAUUUAUUCUGGAAAGAUAUUGCACGAGGGGUUUUAAGUGCAAAAUGUUACUAUAAUGAAAAUGAUCCUAAAUUCAAUUAUGGGAUUUAUGGAUUAGCUGUCUCAUCUGGAAUUAUUGCCACCAAGAAUUUCAUCCCCAAAUACUUGUAUUGUUUAUGGUGGGGUUUGCAAAAUUUGAGUACACUUGGUCAAGGACUGGAAACAAGUUUAUAUCCAGCAGAAGUUAUUUUCUCAAUCACAAUAGCUGUAUUUGGACUCAUCCUCUUUGCCCUUCUCAUUGGAAACAUGCAGACCUAUCUUCAAUCGCUCACCGUUCGACUAGAGGAGAUGAGGAUCAAAAGGCGUGACUCAGAGCAAUGGAUGCAUCACAGACUGCUUCCACAAGAGCUAAGAGAACGAGUCCGGCGCUAUGAUCAAUACAAAUGGCUAGAGACCAAAGGAGUCGACGAAGAAACAAUCGUCCAGAGUCUUCCCAUGGAUCUAAGGAGAGAUAUUAAGCGUCAUCUCUGUCUCAAUUUGGUUAAAAGGGUACCUCUAUUCGCAAACAUGGACGAUCAGCUUCUUGAUGCUGUCUGCGAACGGCUAAAACCAACGUUGUACACAAACAACACGUACGCAGUUAGAGAAGGUGAUCCUGUCGACGAAAUGCUGUUCAUAAUCCGUGGGCGUCUAGAGAGUGUAACUACAGAUGGAGGAAGAAGUGGGUUUUUCAACCGUGGGUUCUUGAAAGAAAACGAUUUCUGCGGCGAGGAGUUAUUAACAUGGGCACUUGACCCAAAAUCGGCAUCAAAUUUGCCGCCUUCGACAAGAACGGUGAAAGCCCUUUCCGAAGUGGAAGCAUUUGCACUGUCGGCUGACGAAUUGAAGUUUAUUACGACCCAGUUCAGGCGGUUGCAUAGCAGGCAAGUUCAGCAGACGUUUCGGUUCUAUUCUCAGCAAUGGAGGACGUGGGCGGCGUGUUUUAUUAUGGCUGCGUGGCGGCGGCAUUCGAGGAGGAAGAUGGCGGAGAGGCGGAGCGAGGGAUUGGAAGAGGAUUGGUCGUCGUCUUCGUCGUUUGAUGAUGAUGAUGAUAAUGAUGAGGAAGAGGAAAGAGAAUUGUUGCGGAGGAAUAGAUCUAGAUCUGGGUUUGGUGCGGCGAUGCUUGCUUCGCGAUUUGCAACAAAUGCACUUCGUGGAGUGAAGAAACUAAGGAAGAAGAAGAAGAGUUCGAGUUCCAGGGGUAUGGUCAAAGUCCCUAAACCUCAAGAUCCUGAUUUUGAAGCUGAUCUUGGAGAUUUUGAAUAACUAGUUACUUCAUAAUUAAUUAAUUAAUUAAUUUAGGUGUUUUUAAUAAUAAUAAUAAUAAUAAAAAUAGAGAAUAAUGUUUUACAUAAAACUGAUUAUAUGUGAUUUUUUGUAAGAUGAAACUAGACAUU